CUUUAAUUAUGAGUAUCAGUUGAAUAUGAUGGUUACGUUGAUUCAGUUGACUGGUGAUGGUAAAGACUGUAACACAUUCCUUCUCUUGAUAUUGACAAUGGACGGACUAAAUCCAAUUUUCCUGCUAGUUUGCUUUACCAGUGCAGCUCUCGCUUAUGAAUGCGUCGAGAAAUCUUGCUACUUGGGAGAAUGUUCUCCGGAAACAACUUGCACUGCGGACGCUACGAAAGGAUGUUUGAUAGAAAGAAUAAGCGGGGAUUUCAGCAUUGCUACCCAUAAUUGUUCGUCACUGCCAUGCGUGCCGAAGUGGUCCAAUCUAACUGACAAUGAAUACACCACUGACUGUUGCUUUUCUGACAAAUGUAACGACGAUUCGAUGGCAUCAAAUACAGUGGAUGACCCGGCUGUGGAUGAGUGUUACAGUAUAUCAUGUAAUAAUGAAGGGUGUUUGAGUGAUGCUAUAAGUGAAGGGAAGGCAAGACUGUGCCCUGCGUUUCCAGAUUGGGGGUGUACGACGACUAAGACAAAUGAAAUGUAUACCACUUCUUGCUCACAAGGGCCCUGUCAUGCCGCUCAAAUACAAUCCAUGAAAAUAGAAUGCUGUACUGGAAAUCUCUGCAACUUGCCAACAGCGACACCAACUACAGAUGACCCGGAUGCGGAGAAGUGUUACAGCAUAACCUGUGAGGGUGAAGGUUGUUUGACUAGUGUUAUAAACGAAGGUAGUCCAGGACUGUGUUCUAUACCUACAAAUGGAUAUUGCACGUUUACAAAAGUUACGGGUGAAAAUAACGUGGAAACUGCCGGGUGUGGAGCAGAUACUGAAAAUAUGCCUACUCUUUGUUCGAACAUGGCCGCCUAUGACUUUCCUGACGGUAUGAACAUUGUAUCACAAUGUUGUAACACGGACCGCUGCAAUGACGGAAACAUCAAAAGAAUACCCAAUGUUGAAUACUGUUACUCGGUGACAUGUAAUGAGACUGGCUGCAUUGAAGAAGCAAUACAGAAAGGGAUAGUCGUCUACUGUCCACAAAUUGGCUUUGGAUGCAUGACGACAUCUACAGGGGGCUUGUAUAUAACUACCUGUGCCCCACAACAAUGCCAGGAAAUUGAUGCCUUAGGUAUUAAAGUUGAAUGCUGCUCUGGAGACUUCUGCAACGGACCACCAGUUCGCACAACUCUAACGACACAGUCUUCAGCUCGGACAAGUACAGAGGAAACGGGUACGUCUAGUACCGGAACAUCUGGACCUACUGGUACUACAAAGAAAGACACUUCAGGAGCCGGAAGACUUGGACAUCUGCGUUACAUCAUUUGUACUCUGGUCACAUUUCUUGUUACUAUUAUUUCAUAGACUGCUCCCAGCACUGACAGUUCUGUAAACUAUUCAUUUUUAUUUUACAUUAUUCAGACUCUUUCCGAGGAAACAAUUCCUAGAGAUGUUGGACAUUGGGUAAAAGGUGGCCAAAUUCAACUCUUUGAUAAGCAAAUGCAAAAGACACUUUCGAUGUCCACAAAAUGUUCUUAGUGUUUCCCAAUGUCUCCCAAAGAUAAAAUUAAUAAGAAACUUUUUAUUGCGAUAACUUGUGGGGGUGUAUUUAAUUUAGAUUCACAUAUGUGUAUCAAAUGAAUGAAAAGUUAUUUAUUAGAUAGUACAUGAAUCCGUGAAGAAGCGAGAACGCUUGAAAUAUGAAGAGUAUAAUUAAAGAAAUGUGCCCAGUCACAACAGUAAGAAUCAAGUUAAAACGUUUAGUACUUUAGAAAAAAAUAUAUUAUAUACUUCUUACUGUUGUGACUGGGCACAUUUCUUUAAUUAUACUCUCUUUAAAUAUAUUGUUGUUAUAUUCGGAACUCAUUAACAUUUCCUUUUUUACAUUAUCUAAAUAAGGAUCAGGCAAUAUAAUGUGUUUAGAACUGUUGUUUGUGGAAAUAUUUGCUUGUAAUAAUCAUUUAACAAUAAUAUGUUCAUUAUAUAACAAUAGAAAAUGACAGAAGAAAAUAUAUUCUAAACUUCUGUUUCUGAAGUAAUUUCUCUACUUUGCAUCCCAAAGAAUGUUAUAUUCGGAACUCAUUUGUAUUUCAUUUUUACAUAUCUAAGUAAGGAUCUGGUUAUAUAAUGUGUUUCAGAAUUUGUGAUGUUUAUUUAGCAAUAGUAUGUUCAUUAUUGAAUUACAGAAAAUAACUAAAAAAAAUGUAUUUUUAAACUUAUGUUUGUAAAGUAUUCUCUGUAUUCCAUCCUAAAUAUAUUUCUGUUAUAUUCGGAACUCAUCUAUAUUUCAUUUUCACAUAUCUAAGUAAGGAUGUGGCUUAAUAAUGUGUUUCAGAAUUGUUGUUUGUGAAAUUCAUGCUUGUGGUAAUCAUUUUACAAUAAUACGUUCAUUAUAGAAUUAUAGUAAAAAGUAUAAAGAAAACA